AUGACACAAUACAGCGACGACGACCUCGACUCGGCCUACGGCGACGACUCGCUCAUCGGCGACGACACAAAGACCCUUUCCACCUACAUCACCGACUACCGCUACGAGUUCGGCCGCCGGUACCACUCCUACCGCGAUGGCGCAUACUGGGGACCGAACGAUGAACCGGCGAACGCGCAGCAGGAUCUCGCUCACCACAUGUAUUUCCUCACGCUCGACGGGCAGCUGCACCUGGCGCCGAUCGAGAACCCGCAGGAAAUCCUCGACGUCGGCACCGGCACCGGUAUCUGGGCAAUCGACGCCGCCGACGAAUACCCCUCUGCCCGCGUCACCGGCGUCGACCUCUCACCGAUUCAGCCUUCCUUCGUGCCCCCGAACUGCAUAUUCGAAAUUGACGACAUCACCCUACCCUGGACGUACGCCGAGAACCAAUUCGACUUUAUCCAUAUCCGCGAGAUGUUCGGGUGUAUCCCCGACUGGGACGAGUUCUUCCGGCAUUGCUGGCAUUGUCUGAAGCCGGGCGGAUAUAUCGAGGUAGUGGAACACUCGGUGCAGCCGAUCGCAGAUGAUGAGACGAUGGGCCCAGAUCACUUUUAUCACGAAUGGGGGAGAAUCGUCGUCGAGUCGGGGGAGCGGUCGGGCAAGACAUUCACGAUCUGGGAGGAGAGCUCGGCGCGACUGAAGGACGCGGGGUUCGUGGAUAUCGUGGAAAAAGGGUUCAAGUGGCCGAUGAACGGGUUCGCCUCACAAUUUCGAGAAUUCUGUACGGUCGCUAAUGCUGGACAACGGUGUAGAUGGAGCUCAGACCCAACAUUGCACGAACUCGUAAGUUGCACCCUUCUCUCGGCUCCCGAUCGCGCUGACUCGGUUGCUCGCCAAGGGCCGCUGGAACCAAUUCCGCCUGAAUGGUGGCAUCGAAGGAUUCAUGCUCCGCCUCCUCACAACGACGCUGGGCUGGUCGUACGAGAGUGCCCAGGUCCACCUCGCACAGAUGCGGGCUGCUCUGCGGGAUUACCGGACGCACGCCUACCUCCCGGGGACAGUGGUGUAUGCUCGAAAACCGGGGCCGGGGACAUCGCCCCCGGUUCGCUGAGCCUGUAG